AUGGCUAUUGAUAAAUCACUAUGUGACCUAGGAGCAAGUAUUAAUCUAAUGCCUCUUGCCAUGAUGAAGGAAUUAAUGAUAGAAGAGCUUAAACCUACAAGGAUGUCAUUACAACUUGUUGACAGAUCUCUCAAAAUACCAAAUGGAGUAGUGGAGAACCUAUUAGUGAAAGUUGGAAAUUUCAUAUUCCCAGCCGAUUUUGUGGUUCUGGAUAUGGAUGAGAAAGGGAAUAACUCAGUCAUCCUUGGUAGACCUUUUCUGGCCACUGCUAGAAGGAUCAUUGACGUGGAGAAAUGUGAGAUGAUCUUCAGGGUGCACGAUGAACAGAUGACUGUAAAUGUUUUCAAAGUGAUGCAAUACCCUAAUGAGAAAGAGAAUUGCAUGAGAAUUGAUGUGGUGGACAUCUUGGUUGAAGAAGUAUUUGAAGCAAACCAUCAAGCAAACCAGGAGGAAACCCAAGGGCAAAGAAAGGACAACAAACACCAUGUCAUCUACUAUGCAAGAAAAGUAUUGAAUGAAGCCCAGAAGAAUUAUACCACAACAAAGAAGGAAUUAUUACCCGUGGAUGCCAAACCAAGGCUAAUUAGAUGGAUACUACUCCUACAAGAGUUUGACAUUGAGAUAAAAGACAGAAAAGGAAGCGAGAAUCAGGUUACUGAUCACUUAUCAAGACUACCACAAGAGACGAGUCAAGACAACUCCCAACCAAUGAAUGAAAUUUUUUCAGAUGAGCACCUCUUGCAAAUUCAACAAACCCCUUGGUUUGCGGAGAUGGCCAACUACAAAGCAGGAAGGAGUAUCCCACAAGAGUACACAAAGCAACAAGUUAAAAAGUUACUGCAUGAAGCUAAGUUGUUCUUAUGUGAUGAGCCCUUCCUAUUCAAAAGAUGCCCAGAUGGGAUGAUUAAAAGGUGUGUGCCAGAGGUUAAAAUGAAGGACAUACUAUGGCAUUGUCACAAUUCAAGUUAUGGUGGCCACUUCGGAGCUGAAAGGACUGCUGCAAAGGUUCUCCAAAGUGGAUUUUAUUGGCCCUCCAUCUUCAAGGAUGCUAGAGAAUUUUUGAACCAUUGA